AUGGGCGCCGACGACGAGGCCGGCGAGGAGAUCAAUCAGGAGGAUGUGUGGGAGGUUAUCUCCGCCUACUUUGACGAGAAGGGGCUGGUGCGGCAGCAACUCGACUCGUUCGAUGAGUUCAUCAUGAACACGAUGCAGGAGAUCGUCGACGAGUCGCCGAAACUCGAGCUCGUCCCGAACCAGCAGCACAACCCGACGAUGCAGACGGCCGGCGCCGUCUCGUACGGGAUUCAGUUUGGCCAGAUCUACCUGUCCAAGCCGACGUGGGUGGAGGCGGACCAGACGACGUCGGCGAUGUUCCCCAACGAGGCGCGGCUGCGCAACCUCACCUACGCCGCCCCGCUCUACAUGGACCUCACGCAGACCACGCGCACCGAGGACCCGGACGACCCGGACGGCGCGGCGGACGAGGAGAAGCAGCAGCUGGACAAGGUCUUCCUGGGGCAGGUGCCGAUCAUGCUCCGCUCCACCUACUGCAUCCUCAAGGACUCCAACGACCGCGAGCUCACCGACCUCGGUGCGCGCCGGAAGCACGCCGGGUGUUGCGCGGGGGAGCGGCGGGGCAGCGGGGCGCGGACAGAGAUUGUCGACGGCCGCGGCUCCGCGGCAGUCGGCGAGUGCCCGUACGACCAGGGCGGGUACUUCGUCAUCAACGGCUCCGAGAAGGAGCUCGUCCUCAUCGCCCAGGAGAAGAUGACAAACAACGCCGUCAAGAACCUCUCUCUGAUGGCCUACAUCUCGGUCGGCUCCGCGCCCGAGCCCAUCCUCGAGUUCCUCGAGGAGUGGGCGACCGAGAACCUCGAGGAGAUCCAACCCUCCGCCAUCCCCGCCGCCACAAAGGUCUUCGUCAACGGCGCCUGGUCACUCCUCGUCAUCGGGCAGUCUCAACCACCAAUAGGCAUCCACCACCAGCCCGACCAGCUCGUCAAGACGCUGCGCGCGAUGCGGCGCGGCGUCGACAUCUCGGCCGAGGUGUCCAUCGCGCGCGAGCUGCGCCUCUUCUCGGACGCGGGCCGGUGCUGCCGCCCGAUCCUGAUCGUCGAGGACCAGUCGCUGCUGCUCAAGAAGGAGCACAUCGACAAGCUGCGCGACAAGGAGGUGUCGCGCUUCAACUGGUCCGACUGCAUCGCCAACGGGCUCAUCGAGUACAUCGACACCGAGGAGGAGGAGACGGUGAUGAUCGCGAUGAACCUCUCCGACCUGCGCGCCGACAACCGGAUGUACCGCUACACGCACUGCGAGAUCCACCCCUCGAUGAUCCUCGGCAUCUGCGCGUCGAUCAUCCCCUUCCCGGACCACAACCAGUCGCCGCGCAACACGUACCAGUCCGCCAUGGGCAAGCAGGCCAUGGGCGUGUACAUCACCAACUACCAGCUGCGGAUGGACACGAUGGCCAACGUGCUCUACUACCCGCAAAAGCCGCUCGGCAUCACUCGCUCGAUGUCGUACCUCCACUUCCGCGAGCUGCCCGCCGGCAUCAACGCGACGGUGGCGAUCAUGUGCUACUCGGGCUACAACCAGGAGGACUCGGUCAUCUUCUCGCAGUCCUCGAUCGACCGCGGCUUCUUCCGCUCCGUCUUUUACCGCUGCUACCGCGACGAGGAGCGCAAGGUCUACUUCUCGGGCGACCGCGGCGGGCCAGAGAGCGGCCGCUCCGAAAAGUUCGAGCGGCCGUCGCGCGAGACGGUCGAGGGGCUGCGCCGGUGCGACUACUCGAAGCUGGACGAGGACGGGCUCGUGCCGCCCGGCGUGCGCGUGUCGGGAGACGACAUCAUCAUCGGCAAGACGGCGCCCGUCGAGCCGCGCGCCGAGGAGCUGCAGGACGCCGGCGCGGCGCGCUACGAGAAGCGAGACGCCUCGACGCCGCUCCGGUCGUCGGAGGCUGGCUACGUCGACCAGGUGCUGCUCACGACCAACCAGGAGGGGCGAAAGUUCGUCAAGGUGCGGAUCCGCUCGGUGCGGGUGCCGCAGAUCGGCGACAAGUUCGCGUCGCGCCACGGCCAAAAGGGGACGAUCGGCAUCACCUACCGGCAGGAGGACAUGCCCUUCAACUGCGAGGGCAUCACGCCCGACAUCAUCGUCAACCCGCACGCGAUCCCCUCCCGCAUGACCAUCGGCGCGCCCCCCUUCCCCCCUCCCCCCUCCGGCCCGGAGGCCUCUCUGCCCCCCCCCCCCCCCUCCCCCCGCUAA